AUGGCGCAGGAGGUGUCGGAGUACCUGAGCCAGAACCCGCGGGUGGCCGCCUGGGUGGAGACGCUGCGCUCCGACGGCGAGACCGACAAACACUGGCGCCACCGCCGAGAGUUCCUGCUCCGCAACGCCGGGGACCUGGCCCCCGCCGGCGGCGCUGUCUCCGCUCACCCGGAGGAGGCCGCCGACGCCGAGAGCGGGAGCCGCAGUCGGCAGCUGCAGCAGCUCAUCUCCUUUUCCAUGGCCUGGGCCAACCACGUCUUCCUCGGGUGCCGGUACCCUCAAAAAGUUAUGGAUAAAAUACUUAGUAUGGCUGAAGGCAUCAAAGUGACAGAUGCUCCAAUCCAUACAACAAGAGACGAACUGGUUGCCAAGGUGAAGAAAAGAGGGAUAUCGAGUAGCAAUGAAGGGGUAGAAGAGCCAACAAAAAAACGAGCCAUAGAAGGAAAAAACAGUUCUGCAGUUGAGCAAAAAGAUCAUGUGAAAAUUCCUGCCAAAACAGAGCGCGCAUCAGUGUUCGGGACAACUACCAAGUCAGAGAGUAGUGGGAACUCAGCUCGGAGCUCUGGCACCCUGAGUCAGAAUAGCUCCACAAGUGAUGGAGAGCGCUCUGUUUCCAGGCAAAGCAGCAGCAGCAUUCCCUCUCAGGUAACAGCGGUAGGGUGUGAACCAGAAGCUCCAGAUAAACAUGGUUCAGCGUCGUUUGUUUCUUCGUUGUUGAAAUCCAGUGUGAAUAGUCAUGUGACCCAGUCCGCUGAUUCCAGACAACAAAGUGGAUCCCCGAAAAAGAGUGCUUUGGAAGGCUCUUCAGUCUCAGCCUCUCAGAGCAUCUCAGAGAUUGAGGUGCCCUUGUUGGGCUCCUCAGGAAGCUCAGAAAUAGAGUUGCCACUGUUGUCUUCUAAACCUAGUUCAGAGACAGCUUCAAGCGGGUUAUCUUCCAAAGCUAGUUCAGAUGCAAGUGUUUCAUCAUCAGUUUCUAAAAACAGUUCCUCAUCAGGCACAUCUUUACUAACCCCCAAGAGCACCACCUCAGCAAACACGAUGCUGACUUCCAAAAGCACUUCGCAGGUAGCUGCAUCGCUCUUAGCUUCCAAGAACAGCUCCCAGACCAGCGGCUCUCUGGUUUCCAAAAGCACUUCCAUAGCAAGUGUGUCCCAGCUGGCUUCUAAGAGUAGCUCUCAGAGCAGCACGUCACAGUCACAGCUGCCUUCUAAAAGUACUGCGCAGGCGAGCGAGAGUUCUGUCAGAUUCUCUUGUUGCAAGUUAACCAAUGAAGAUGUGAAACAGAAGCAGCCUUUUUUCAAUAGACUGUACAAAACGGUGGCAUGGAAGUUGGUGGCCGUUGGUGGCUUUAGUCCCAGCGUGAAUCACGGAGAGCUCCUAAACGCAGCUGUCGAGGCUCUGAAAGCAACGCUGGAUGUGGUUUUCGUCCCGCUAAAGGAACUGGCAGAUCUGCCUCAAAACAAGAGCUCUCAAGAAAGUAUUGUUUGUGAACUGAGAUGUAAGUCUGUGUAUUUGGGCACUGGCUGUGGAAAAAGCAAAGAAAAUGCAAAAGCAGUUGCAUCAAGAGAAGCCUUGAAGUUAUUUCUCAAGAAAAAGGUGGUGGUUAAAAUAUGUAAAAGAAAAUACAGAGGCAGUGAAAUCGAAGACUUAGUACUCCUCGAUGAAGAGUCAAGGCCUGUAAACUUGCCUCCAGCAUUAAAACAUCCUCAAGAAUUACUGUAA